CCGCGUCCCGUCCUGUCAUAAAUAGUGGACACAGUGUAUGAAACAAACGUUGUUUAAUCUCAUGGGGGAGUGGUUUAAGGGUUAUAAUAAGGUUACGUAAUAAAAGGAGACGUGACCACGUUCACAAUGGUACGAGUGACUCAGAUAAGAAGAACUCCGCUGAACAUUUUGUUUCUUCCUAUCACAGUAUCUCCCACCGCCGGUUCGUGAUCAUCGAGCCUCCGCUGCUCCGGGGCGCUGAAACUCUGUCCUGUCCUGGUUUAAAUGCUGCGGUCAAGCGGGGAGGACGCGUUCAGGAAGUCGGUCACAAAGCGAAGAAUGUGAAAAGAGAAAGGAUGUGCUCCACGGAAAACAACCCGGAGCUGCAGCCGACAUGUAAGUGCAUAUUUCUGACUGCCGUCCGAAGCGCGGUGAUUAUGUUGUCAUCGCCACCCUCAGAAACCAGGCAGCGGUUACCUGGAGGUAACCUCCGGAGACCGGCCGAGCCGGGGGAUGUGGCUCGGCGACGGGUGGAAAGUGUUGCAGCCCUGCCAGAGGAGCAUGAACGUGUCAAACGCUGAUUUCGUGUUGUCUUUCCAUCCUUCUCCAGCGUCCGACCCAGCUCUCCUCCUGGAGCUGAAGACCAGGCGUCCUCCGUCCUUGGUGGAGCGGGCUGGAUGUGAGACCUGGAGUGUUGACUUCUCCCCGGACGGAGCUUGGUUCGCCUGGUCCAUGGGACACGGGAUCGUCUGGGUCGUCGCCUGGCCCCUCGACUCCGAAGAAAGUCAAAAUGGAGAGACUGACCGAGGAGACAAAAGCUUCAGUUGUGGUCACCCAGUGUGGGGGCUCGCCUUCGGACCCAGGCCUCCGAAGUCAGGCGCAGCAGCACGUGCGGCUAAUGCGCGCUCACAAGGGAAAAACAGCCUGCUUCUGGCCACGGGAUUGGAGAACGGGGUGAUCAAAAUCUGGAAUGUCCUAACAGGCAGUGCUGUUUUUGAUCUCCAUGGUCAUGAGGGGGUUGUGAGAGACCUGGUGUUCCCUCAGAACGGCACGCUCACCCUCAUAUCGUCUUCUCGGGACAAGACGCUGAGGAUAUGGGACCUGGCUCACAAAGGGAAGAAGGUGCAGGUGCUUUAUGGCCAUAAAGAUUGGAUUAGUUCCUGCUGCGUCUCAUCUGACUGCAGCAUGAUUGCAUCUGUCGGCAGAUUUGACAGGAUGGUGUGUCUGUGGAGUCUACGGUCAUAUACGUUCAUCAGGAACCUGACGGGGGGGGCCCACAAGACGGUGUACCUCCUGUCUUCCUGCGACUUCUCUCCUGAUGGGGCAAUUCUCGCCACCGCAGCCUUCAGCAGCUCCAGUUGGUGGAUCGACCUCUGGGACCCGUACACAGCCGAGAAGCUGGCCACUCUGGCUGACUACUUUGAAGAUUACAGGCAAAACCAAAUAUCAGCAAUACGAUUCUCUCCAAACGGUCUGCACCUGACGAUUGUGACCGACGACAGAGCUCUUAGGAUUUGGGAGCUGGGGGAGAGAGGGAUGGUGAUGGAGACGAAAAGAGACAGAGAAUCUAAUGGACUGUGCUGCAAGUACCAUCCACAAGGGGGAGUGGUUGCUACAGGAACCCGAGAUGGCCACGUGAGGUUCUGGAGGGCACCCAGGGCGGUGCCCAGCUUGUGCCACCUGUGCCGAAAUAUCCUGCGCCACUCCAUCUCCACGCACCAGAUCGAGGCGCUGCCGCUCCCCAAGAGGAUCGUGGAGUACCUCACCUACAAAAACAUCCCUGAACGCCUCAAGACCUGCUGCUCCUCUGAUGAGGAGGAGUGGGAAAGUUAAACUAAAAAUGAAUAACUGACAUUUACAGCGAGUGGUUAUGAUCCUAAAAAUGCCUUUUCGUGUUUUCUGACAAAUGCUUUGAUAACUUGAAGCAGAUAAAAGCAUAUUUUAAAGUACUUUAGAUGCAACAUUCCUACACAAAGGAUUUCAUUUAUUGCACUACUAUUGUAAUAUGAUGCAUAAAUUCAGUGUUCACAUGACUGACUUUAAUAACACCGUUUUAUACUAGUAAUUUAUUGUGUAAAUAUCAGAUGUAUAUUAUUUCUAAUUCCUGUGUUUACCUAGAUGCACUGCUACUGUAUGGGCACAUAUCAUUAUUAUAGA